UUUUACACUUUGGAGAGAGAAAGCAAAGGGAAUUUGGAAGUGGAAAUUCGUGUUCGUUCGAUGGAAUCCGCGAAGUGAGGAUCAAAAACAAACAUAGCAAAGAGAAUUUCGCUGAGAUCGCACUCAGAUUGAAUCAAUCGGAGUUUGAAAUUGAGGGGGUUCGUGGUCAAUGCUCUUGGACUCCCAACUUCAUAUUUCUUCAAUGGAAGGUGUAUCGCCGGACCAGGAAUCAGUGGGUUCUGGGACAAAAAGGUCUAGUGUAUCAUCUGGAAGCAAGUCUAGAAACCGAAAAGAGUUUCUUAACAGAUUCUUUGACAGUGAGAUUUUCACGACUAAACUUGAGGAUUGGUUUGAAGAAGUAUCAGAGAGUUCUAGAACCAAAAAGUCUGUUUUUGAUGUGCCAUUUGAGUUGAUUGAUUUACAGAAGUUUGACUAUGCCCUAGAAGGGAUUUCAUUUCAGCAGUUGAUUCGAAUGCCCAGUCCUAUUUAUGCUUCUGCAUCUGAUGGCGUGGAAGCAACUGCUUAUCUUGCUGUUGAGGAUUUUCUUCAUGCAAGUGUGAAAGGUUUGUGGGAGGCAUUUUGGAGUCAAGAUCAGCCCAUGCCUUUUAAUGUUGGUUGUUUAUACAGGGAUAAUUUAAAAUUUUACCAGGCUGAGAAGGCAAUUGCUACUGGGAAGAUUGAAGGUCUUUCAGCCACUGGCAUACUGCUGAAGAAUCCUCGACAUCCGCAUGGGAGGUGGGACCAAAUUCUUACACUUGCUGUACUGAGUCCUGAUAUUGGAAAUCUGGCUGCGGAUCGUGAGAGCUAUCCUUCGCUAUCUGUUUUAGGCGAGGCCCUUUUUUAUGCUAUCCGCAUGCUAUUGUCAAGAAGCUUGAGCAAAUCAAACUAUUUACCGAGUUUGAACUCUGUCUUUGUUCUUCUUGUCGAUUCACGGUAUGGAGGAGUUGUUAAAGUUGAAGGAGAUUUAAGUAGGUUGGAGUUUGAUCUGAAUAAUGUGUAUGAAUGUGCUGCUGAAUGGAUAAAAGGAUAUGCUACAAUAUCAGUUUCUCCAAUCGAUAGGAUCUGGAACGAGCUUGGCAAUGCAAACUGGGGAGAUAUUGGGGCAUUGCAAAUACUUUUUGCAACCUUCCAUUGUAUUAUGCAAUUUGCAGGAGUUCCCAAGCACUCGAUUGAAGAUCUAGCUGCUGAUCAUAGUUCUCGUUUGCAAACCAGAAGAGUGGAGAGGCAGUUGGGAGAUGUCAGAGUGAAUGGAAAUGGCUUGUUUAGGUUCCAGCAGCAAAGUGUUUCCCCUGAAAUUGUUGAAGUUCAGGAGGAUUCCAUCAAAGUGAAGUCUGAAGAGAUAGUAAAGUUGGACGUAGGGUCUGUUCUCUGGUUGGAGGAUUCCAAUUGGCAAAAAGGCUAUCAGAUUAAUGAACUCCUGACUUCUGGCGAGCUUCAAUUUUAUAUUGCUUCUCCUGUCGAAGAACCUGGAAAGAGUCAGUUUCUUUAUGUUGGAUCUCGAGUUUCUCAGCUAGAAGCAUGGGAAGAUAUGAACUUGUGGUAUCAAGUGCAGAGGCAGACCAGGGUGUUAACUGUAAUGAAACAGAAAGGUCUAUCUAGCAAGUACCUACCUCAGUUGAGUGCAUCUGGGAGGAUCAUUCAUCCCGGUCAGUGUCGUAGACCCAGCUCGGGUGGCAACUGUGAUCACCCUUGGUGUGGCACACCCAUUCUUGUUACCAGCCCAGUUGGUGAAACUGUAGCUGACAUGGUAAAUGGUGGUAGAUUUAAUUCUGAAGAAGCAUUAAAGUGCUGCCAUGACUGCUUGUCUGCACUCUCAACUGCUGCUUCAGCUGGAAUUCGACAUGGUGAUAUCAGGCCAGAGAAUGUGAUUUGUGUGAGAUCUGGUGUGAGACGGCCUUAUUUCGUUCUUAUUGGGUGGGGACAUGCGAUUCUCGAAGACAGGGACCGUCCUGCUUUGAAUCUUCACUUCUCGUCAACUUUUGCACUACAGGAAGGGAAACUCUGCUCUGCCUCUGAUGCAGAGAGCCUAGUUUAUAUGAUCUAUUAUGCCACUGGUGGUGCUUUUCCCGAACUGGACUCUGUUGAGGGGGCGCUAUUGUGGAGGGAGACCUCUUGGUCUAGAAGGUCAAUUCAGCAGAAGCUCGGUGACAUGUCAACGGUAUUGAAAGCAUUUGCCGACUAUGUCGAUAGUCUAUGUGGAACACCAUAUCCAAUGGACUACAACAUCUGGUUAAGAAGGUUGAAGAGAAAUAUUCACGAUGAAGACCCGGGGAAGGAAAUCGAUACGUCAGGCUAGGUCUCUUUUGUUAGCUAUGUUGUAUAAAAUUGCUACUCUAUCCCCUGACAUCCUCUUUUUCCAACUGUGAGUAUGCAUUUUUGGUUGGAGAAGACUGGAUGCUGCAGGUAAGUUGAUGGCUCAAUUACAUUCACAAGGUUCAAAAUUUUGGACUCAAUGCUGGCUACUAUGAAGGAAUGUUCCCAUCAGCUAGUCAUCUUUGGUUUGUUUUCGAGCUCAGGCACUCUUCAAAUAUCUUCUUUCGAGUGUGUUGAAUUGACCAAAAAAUAUAUUGAUAAAGAUACACCUAACAAGAUUGCACUGCUCUUAACCUCCACUACCGUUGGUUGAUGUGGGGACAAGUGCAGUGAUGACGAUAAUCGACGCUGAUUUAUAACUGUGUGACCAAGGUAGAUGCAAUGAUGUCUCUGGGUAGUUGCUUAGGUAAAAAUAGAAUUUAGUAUUGAAUUUGGUGUGAAGGGUACAUUUGUAUAUGUGUGUCUUUGGCUGUUACUUGGGGUUUGUGAUUAUGUUGAUUAAUGUGUAUUUGUUUGGUCGUUUGGGUUAGUGUUCCCUUAAAUAGUAAGAAUCCAGGAAAAGAAAAAGUUGGAGGUUUAUGUUGUUGAAGAGUACAAAAUUCAAAAGAAACUUGUAGUUUGUAUGGAUAAAGCUUAUUGGACUCCUCAUUCUACUCUGUGUGUGUAUGUAUAUUUUUGGUUCAAUUAAUAAAAUCUGCCAAAUAAUUGCAGCCUGA